AUGCGCGGUGCUUCGCUUCUGCUGCUUCUGCUGCUGCUGCUGUCAGCGACGGCCAUGCCCGCGCUCGAUAUCUCCGAUGCCGAGCGACGGGAGCUCUUGCGGGACUUGUCGCUCUGGCAGCGCGAGUUUGGCAACGACGAUCGUGUCCGCGAGUCGAUGGUCGGCGCCGUGUCCCAGGACCACCUCCUCGCGCGCUUGAAGGCGUCCAAGGAGAAGGUGCCCGAGCUGCGCGUGUCCAACCCGUACGCGACCUUUAGCCACUUGACCAAGUUUGCGCUGCUCACCAACGCCGAGUUUACUCGGUACGUCUCGGGCCCGCUGUUAGCGGCGUCGCCGACGCCGGAGGCAAGCGCUGGCAUUGCGAACGCCACCGACGCCAUCGACUGGACGGCAGGCAACACGAAGACGUGCGUGCUCCCACCCAAGAACCAAGGCGCGUGCGGCAGCUGCUGGGCGUUUGCGGCGACCGGCGUCGUGGCGUCGGCGCACUGCAUUGCAACCGGUGUUUUGCCCGACAUCUCGGACCAGCACGUCACGAGCUGCUCGACGAACGACGGCUCGGACGGCUGCAACGGCGGGACCGUCGAGGGCGCGAUCGACUGGAUCGUGUCGCAGCAGCAACAUCUGUGCUCGACGUCGGCGCUUCCAUACACGUCGGGCCUCUCGGGCGACACUGGUACCUGCACCGCCACAUGCAACUCGUCCGUGUCGUUGGCGGUCGGUGCGACGAUCAACAUUGCGGGCGAGUCGGCGCUCGAGGCGCAGCUGCGCGUGCAGCCCGUGAGUGUGACCGUCGCGGGCGAGAACGACGUGUGGCGCCUGUACCUCAGCGGCGUCAUCUCGGCGUGCCCGGAUGUGCGCUCGGACCACGCGGUUCUCGCGGUCGGCUAUGGUCUCGACGACGACAGCGGGCUGCCCUACUUCAAGGUCCGCAACUCGUGGGGCGCCAACUGGGGCGAGGGCGGCGACAUGCGACUCGAGCGCAGCGUCGGUGGCGCCGGCACGUGCAACGUUGCGGCGAGCGUAUCGUUUCCGAAAAUCGUGCGACCAACGAAGCCACCGACGCAGACCAAGACCGCACGCCCGACCACGAAAAGCCCGUUGCCAACGCGCCGCCCGCGCCCGCCGACACCGACGCCCAAGCCAUCGACGAGCCACCCGCUGACGGUAACGCUGUCGCCGAUCGUGCCCGAGUCGACGGACGGCAGUGACGUGGAGCUCGACGAUGACAUCGUCGGCGCGUUCUGGGGCUGA